GGAGGCGAUCCGGAGCCCGAGACCCACUGCUCGGUCCAGACACAGCCGGACGACACCGUGACCCGAACUGUACCCGCACGACAAGAGGGAAUGAACGCGCUCUGAAACCGAGCCGACCUGAAAGCGCCUCACCGAGCCGACAUGGAUCGCCUACCUGCCCCGCAGCUCUCUGCCGGGGGAGCAAACACCGCGGCGGGGAAAAAGCAAGCCGUGAAGAGACACCACCACAAACACAACCUGAAGCACAGGUACGAGUUCCUGGAGACCCUGGGCAAAGGGACCUACGGCAAAGUGAAGAAAGCCAGAGAGAGAUCAGGCAGACUGGUUGCUGUGAAGUCUAUCAGAAAGGAGAAGAUCAAGGAUGAGCAGGACCUGGUUCACAUUCGCCGGGAGAUUGAGAUCAUGUCCUCGCUGUGCCAUCCGCACAUCAUCACCAUAUACGAAGUGUUUGAAAACAAGGACAAAAUUGUGAUCGUGAUGGAGUACGCCAGCAAAGGAGACCUGUAUGACUACAUCUGUGACCGGAGGAACGUCUCCGAGCCGGAGGCCAGGCACUUCUUCAGGCAGAUAGUGUCGGCCGUGCACUACUGCCAUCAGAAUGGAAUAGUACACCGGGACCUGAAACUGGAAAAUAUUUUACUGGACGGCAACGGCAAUGUCAAGAUUGCAGACUUUGGGCUGUCGAACCUCUACCACGGUGACGAGUACCUUCAGACCUUCUGUGGAAGCCCUCUGUACGCCUCCCCGGAGAUUGUGAACGGACGGCCGUACCGCGGGCCGGAGGUGGACACGUGGUCUCUUGGUGUGUUGCUGUACACGCUGGUUCACAGCUCCAUGCCGUUUGACGGAAAAAACCACAAAGCCCUGGUCCAGCAGAUCAGCACCGGGAACUACCGCAAACCGAGCAACCCGUCUGAUGCGUGUGGACUUAUCCGUUGGAUGCUGAUGGUGAAUCCAGAGCGCAGAGCAACAAUUGAGGAGAUCGCUGGACACUGGUGGCUCAACUGGGGCUACCAGCAGCCGCUGCUGUCCGAGAGACGGAACAGCGCGGUCGAGCAGACGACCCCUUCUCCGGCGACUCCAUCAACGUCUCACCCCGGCGGGCUGGCCAGCGUUGCCAGUUGGUUCCGCCGUACGUCAAGGCCUCUGCUGGAGAACGGCUCCAAGAUGCGCUGCCUGCUCCGCCCGCAGGCCGGCGGAGGAGACGUCGUUCGGCAGCGCUCUCUGCGAAGGUCGCGCAAAGAGAACAACGUCUCCCAGACCGUUUACGACGGAGGCGCAGACGCUCGGCCCUCCAAGGGGAUCCUGAAGAGACGCAACAGCCUCAAACAGAAGGCGAUGAGCGAAACCCAGGCUGUGGCUUCAGUGGAGCCGCAGAACAUUCUGGGCUUGUCCGCACCGGCCAGUGACCCCUCCGCUGCAGUGCUCCCUCGCAAAGGUAUCCUAAAAAAGCCUGCAGAGCAGGAGUCGGGAUAUUACUCGUCUUCCCCUGAGAACAAUGACUCUGGGUGGGCAACAAAACCUAAAGAGUGCCCUUCAGCGCCAACAUAUAGGAAGGGCAUCCUCAAGCGCAAUGGAAAGUUCUCCUCAGGUGGACUCCAAGAGUUUGGCUCUCUGGACCAGCUGGCAGCAACUCUGCCCUGCGGGGGAGCCAAGUCGAGACCGAGCGGCGCCAUCAGUGAGGACAGCAUCCUGUCUUCAGAGUCGUUUGACCAGCUGGACCUCCCGGACCGUGUCAGGCCGCCGACUCAAACCGAAAAACCAGCCAAAGUGAGCAUGAGAGGCUCCGUCUCUGCCGACAACCUGCUGGACAUCAAAGAGGACGUGAUUCUCGCCGAUGGGCUGCUGAGGUCCUGGAACUGUUACGAGGCCGGCGUGGCGGACAGUGCCUUCUCCAUCACCGACUGCGACAACGUCACAGAGGCGUACAAGCAGGCCAUGGUCAUCCGAGGCUCCGCCGCAAGUUGAACAUCGCUUUUAGGAAAGAAGACGCUGAGUUGACACUCGGUUUUAAUUCAGUUUGUUAAAAUUGCCGUGGAAGACAGACCCAAAGUGCAUUAUGUGAAAACACCAGAACACUUGUAGAUAAUCUUCUUGGAAUCACACAGUACCAAAAAGGGAGGAGGGUUGUUGUUGUUGUAAGAUUGAGUCUUAACUUUAGCUGGUGUAAAAGGGGAUCAAAUGCACGAGCCGGCACAACUCAAAUACAUGUUUUGAAUAUGCAAAGUGCAAUUGACAUUUCUCAGGUGAAAACGGCUUCAAGUAGUCGCUUAAAACCAAAACAGCAGUAUGAGUUUGGAAAACUUUUCUCAAUACAAUCCCAGGAGGACUAAUGCUUGAAUGUAGCUUAAUUACUCUUUUCUACUCUACAACUGAGAGGCAAAUGAAGCCAACAGAGCAGAGUCUGGUAAAGGGCUGUGGUCAGUUGGGUUUUGUGUUGAGACUUUUCUCUGCCGUCAGCUCGGUGUUUUUGGAUGUGGGCGACGUCGCAUUUCAUGAAAACCAAAGCAACAAAACAUGAUUAAAGCACAGAUGAAACCAGAGGUGCCAAGAUGAUUUUGUAAAAGUUUGUUUGUGAAAAGGGACUUCCCAGAGUCCUCUUUCGGGAAUGACUCCUUUAGGUUUUGAUAGUGAUCACAAUAUUUGUCACCAUAUGACUCAAAGCAAAGGGAACCAGUUGAACCUGCUUUCGCUGCCUCAAGAAACGUGCACAGGUGACUCGCUAUUCAGGUGGCACGUUUACACAGAAGCCGGUUCUCAAGGCCUUUUUAUUUCCCCCUUUGAAGGUCAUCAUGACGGUUGCAUUCUGGACGUUUGCAAACCUUUCAACUAAGAUCAGUCGAGGUGUCUGGGAUGGUGCAGUAUUAUACAAAAAUCAGCCGAUUAACAUUAUAUAUAUAUAUAUAUAUAUAUGUGCUGAACUCUUGUGACAAACUUUUUUUUAUGCUGGGCUUGAAGGUAAAAUCAUAAAUUGUUGUUGUGCUUGAAGAGGUAUUUUAUGUCUGUGGAUGACUUGAUAAUCCUGCUUUACGAUCUCCCCUCUGGUUAUUAGAGACGGGUACAUCAGCAUGUGUUUGUGUCUGUAACAAGGGGUUGGGCUGCACACUGGCAACACGAAGCGUCGAACUGGAAUAACUCUUUGCGGCUAUUGAAAUCUGACAGGCGAGCUUGUUAUUUAUUAGCUGUCAGUUGAGUAUGAAGCUUGUGUAAAAGAAGUUGCAUCAGGUGAAGCCAUACUCUUUAAAACAUUUUUUUUUUUUUUUAAUUUAUGGUUUAAUUUUCUGGAACACUGAAGUUCUUUAGGAUUCGAAUGUAUGUGUACAAAAAAUGUUGGGGUUUUUUUUUCUUAACUGAAAAUCUUGACAUUCCUGGACUCUUGAACAUUGUAUUCAACAUCCAGUCAGUAAAAUUUAAGGGAGUCUAUUUUCAGAAUCUUUUCACAAAAUUUUUCCUAUAAAUUCACAUACAACCUGGGAAUGGCUGGGAAUUGAUUUAUUAGGCAAAGUCCUUCAUAAAGAUCUAUACUGGCGUCCAAACUGCCAGAUCGAGGGCGGUAAACUUCUGCACACUGCGCCUGUAAGGAGGAGCUCCACUCACUCUCACUGCUCUCAAUGAAAAUGAAGUGACACAGGGAAAAUGUUUCAUUUUUUUUGUACAAUUUAAUGUUCAAUUUGGCAUUUCAUCACGCUUUGUCAUGAAAUUUCAACCUUUUUUUUUUUUUCGUCAAUGAAAAUAUCAAAAAACAUGUUUGCCAAAGUUGCUGACACACCAUCGACAACUGAUGUGCUAUGCUGUUGUGACAGGGAUGAAGACGCCAAUAAAGUAUAAAGAAAAACA